CCGCCUCCCCCUCAACCACAACGUACACCCACAGCACCUGCCAUUGACGCUCCCCAUAGCCCAGGUUCAUGUUAAACCUCGCCCGCCAGACGUUAAAGAGAGUUCCUAGUUUUCAAGAGCUCUUGCAGGGGACAAUGGGUUCUGCAAAGGAAGAAGUUUCUGUCGACGUCCUCGUCAUUGGUGCUGGGCCUACGGGCCUCGGCGCGGCAAAGAGGCUCAACCAGAUUGACGGCCCCUCAUGGAUGAUCGUGGACAGUAACGAGACCCCCGGCGGUCUUGCUUCCACCGACGUGACUCCAGAAGGCUUCCUCUACGACGUCGGCGGCCAUGUCAUCUUCUCCCACUACAAGUACUUUGACGACUGCAUUGAUGAAGCGCUCCCCAACGAGGAUGACUGGUACACCCACCAGCGCAUCUCGUACGUCCGCUGCAAGAACCUCUGGGUCCCCUACCCCUUCCAAAACAACAUUUCCAUGCUGCCCAAGGACGACCAGGUGAAGUGCAUCGAUGGCAUGAUUGACGCCGCGCUGGAGGCGCGCGUCGCAAAUACAAAACCACAGAACUUCGACGAGUGGAUUGUCCGAAUGAUGGGCACAGGCGUUGCCGACCUCUUCAUGAGGCCGUACAACUACAAAGUCUGGGCGGUUCCCACCACCAAGAUGCAAUGCCAAUGGCUCGGUGAGCGUGUUGCCGCCCCCGAUCUUAAGCGUGUCACCACAAACGUCAUCCUGAACAAGACGGCUGGCGGCUGGGGCCCUAAUGCCACUUUCCGCUUCCCUGCCCGUGACGGGACCGGCGGUAUCUGGAUCGCUGUUGCAAAGACGCUCCCCAAGUCCAACACACGAUUCGGUGACCACGGUGCGGUAACCAAGGUCGAUGCAGACAACAAGCGAGUUACCCUGAAAGACGGAACCGUGGUGAACUAUGCCAAGCUUGUCAACACCAUGGCGGUUGACAGCCUGGUUCAGUUCAUGGGUGACAAGGCGCUGAUUGAUCUGAGCAAGGGCCUCUUUUACUCCUCUACCCAUGUCAUUGGUGUGGGCAUCCGAGGCGAACGACCAGAGCGCAUUGGUGAUAAGUGCUGGCUGUACUUCCCCGAGGAUGACUGCCCCUUCUACCGUGCCACUAUCUUUUCUAACUAUUCUCCAUACAACCAACCCCAGGCCGAUGUGAAGCUGCCUACCCAGCAGCUUGCCAAUGGUUCGAAACCAAGCUCCACCGAAGCCAAGGCAGGCCCCUAUUGGUCCAUUAUGCUCGAGGUUUCCGAGUCCAGCAUGAAGCCUGUCGAUAUUAAGAAUCUGCUAAAGGACUCCAUUCAGGGUCUCAUCAACACCGACAUGAUCAAACCUACCGAUGAGAUUGUUUCUACCUACCACCGCCGCUUCGACCACGGGUACCCUACGCCCUCUCUCGAGCGCGAGGGUGUUUUGAAGCAGCUUCUUCCUGCCCUUCAAGCCAAAGACAUCUGGUCGCGUGGCCGUUUCGGCUCCUGGCGCUAUGAAGUUGGCAACCAGGACCACUCCUUCAUGCUAGGCGUCGAGGCCGCGGACAACAUUGUCAACGGUGCCGUCGAACUGACCCUCAACUACCCCGACUUUGUCAACGGCCGCCAAAACACGGAGCGCCGCCUUGUUGAGGGAGCUCAGGUAUUCGCGAAGAACAAGAAGGCUAUCGAUUAAGAAGGUGCUUUGGGGACGUUGACGUUAAGAUGACUUUUAGGACAUGGGGUUUUCAGUUUAGGAUACCACGCAAGGAGCAAUAUAAUGCGAUGACACGGUCUGGGAAUGGAUGGUUGGUUGGCUGGGAAUGCAUUCGAGGAUUUGGGAGCAGGGGUUCUUUUAGGCAUGGUCAAGCGGGACUUGCAUUCUCACACAUCACUCACACACUCGAUAGACUACGUCAACAUUGUCUCGACUUUCUACAAGAGGAGAACGUGCAGGAAAAGGGCUAUAUAAAAGCCGGUCUAGUUAGCUAACUGUAGGCAUGUAUGUGACUGCUGGCGAGAAUAGAGAUAGAUUUCUG